CCAUGGUCUUUAGUCCAAUUGAAAUAAACGUCUAUUAUGGGAGUGACUUUAAUAUAUUUGCGUCACCAAGGGAUGUUGAGUAGGCUACUCAUUAAUAAUGAAUUGGGUUUGAAGGGAGAGAUCUGCUGGCCGGCCCGGUGUUUAGACGCUUGGAAGAAGAUCAUGCCGCAGCCAAAAUCACGGAAAAUCGCCGUAUUGGGUUACAGAUCCGUGGGAAAAUCUUCCCUUACCAUCCAGUUUGUUGAAGGACAGUUUGUGGACUCGUAUGAUCCCACCAUAGAAAACACAUUUACUAAGACUAUAACAGUAAGUGGUCAGGAGUACCACCUGCAGCUAGUGGACACAGCCGGUCAGGAUGAAUACUCCAUCUUUCCUCAGAGUUACACGAUUGAUGUGGACGGAUACAUCCUCCUGUUCUCUGUCACCUCCUACAAAAGUUUUGAAGUGGUCCGAGUGAUCCACGAAAAGCUUCUGGACAUGGUGGGAAACUUGCAAGUACCAAUAAUUUUAGUAGGCAACAAAAAGGACUUGCACAUGGAAAGAGUGAUCAGCUUCGAGGAGGGCCGGGCGCUGGCGGAGUCCUGGAGCGCUCCCUUCCUGGAGUCCUCGGCCAAGGAGAACCAGACGGCUGUGGAGGUGUUCAGGAGGAUGAUCCUGGAGGUGGAGAAGAUGGAGGCGGGGCAGCCUCCAGGUCGCACCUCCUGUCUCAUCAUGUAGUAUAUCUGGACCUACAACCCUUUCUUCCUCCAACCUCUGCCCGCUUAUUUCACUACCUCCUUUUUCUCCUCCCCCUCCAUUCUCUCCAUCCUGUCCUUUGUCUCCUUGUCUGUCUGUCACUCUUUCUCUCUCUCUUAAGGUAGAGUUAUGGUUGGACGUUGACGCAACGCAACGACCACACAGUCGCUUAGACUUAGUCGGAACCUGUUUUGGUUCUGAGUCGGGUUUACGUCGGGUUGACGUUAGCCGACCAAUCACAGUCCUUGCUGCUGCUGUGUUGCCUUGACGCAAGGUUCCAAUUUUUAGGAGGCGCACGUCACACUCCUGUGGUGGAUGGAAGGAGGGUCCGCAAGGACGUCAUGGGUCCGCAUUCCCCCUUGCGUCGAUGUCCAACCAUAACUACUUUUACUCUUUCUCUCUCUCUGUCUACCAGUCUCCAUCUUUAUCUCUCUCCCUCUCUCGCUCUCUUGACCAAACACUGCAACCUUGGAAAAGACCAGCAAUAUUUUGAGAUGUCCAAUGAGGAACAUUGAAAAGAUUGCAACGGUGUGGGCACUAAUUUGAGCCAAUCAGAAAACAGCAUGUGCAAUAACCCUUGUUUUCAACCAAAGAUUUUUCACUUUGGUUUUAGUAUUUUUAAGUGUGUGAUCACUUUGUUUUUGUCUAAAUAUGUUUCUGUUAUUUAUUAUUAUUAUUAUUAUUACUACCAUUAUUAUUAUUAUUAUUAUUAUUAUUAUUAUUAUUAUUAUUAUUAUUAUUAUUAUUAUUAUCAGUCAUUGGUGGAAACCAAAAUCCCAAACUUAAUAAUUGAUGAUUUCAUCCCAGACUUCCAGAUUAUUACCCAAUGCAUAUCAUUUUUUAUUAUUUUAUGGAAUCGGACUAGGCUAGACUAGACGAUGACUUUUCUAUUUUGAGCUUGUCAUGCUGGGGCAUCAGAGUUACUGUUAUAAGUUGAUGCAGAAAGUGGCCUUGAUUUACACCUGCCAGUUCCUGUCUAGCAGUGUUUUGUCAUUAACUAAAAUUGCCCAUAGGAAGGGAGGGACAUUGUUAUGAUGUUAUUGGUUGAAAGUUUAACCAAUAAUGCAAUGCAAAGGAAGUUUGGUUUAUGAGAUUUGUUAUUAAUUUAUAAUUUUCCCAACCUUGUUGAAUGUGAAUAAAAUGACUAUGGAAAUUA